AUGUCAAGGAAAGUGCCAACUAAGCUAUCAUGGAACUUCAAUAAGGCUAACUGGCCAAGAUUCACAAACCUUUUAGACAAUGAACUUCGCACAAGUCCCCUCAACUUCAACCAACAUCUUGACAAACUUUGCAACGAAAUCACGGAUAUUAUGAUUAGAUGGGCAAAGAAACCAUUUCCAUUGGCAAGACUAAACACUAUCGAGUGUUUUGGUCUAAACACCUUUGAGGAACGUAACACUGCGGCUGAAUUCGUCGAUCUUAAAUCAGCAUAUGAUUUAAUAUGGAAAGAGAAGCUGAUUCUAAAGUUGGCAAAGAUUGGUGUUCCACAGGGAGCUGUCACAAGCUGCACUCUUUUCAAUGUUGACAGGGAGCUGUCACAAGCUGCACUCUUUUCAAUGUCUUCAUCGAUAGUACAGACAGUCACGGGCAUCAAGUGUUUACUUUAUGCAGCUGUUCUAUGGUAUUCCACCCCUAAGAAAAACGCUCAGGAGAGCUAUGGUAUUCCGCCCCUAAGAAAAACGCUCAGGAGAACUAACUGUGAGAUAAACGCUCAGGAGAGGACAGAAAGUGCCCUAAAUUGUAAACUUAAACUACUAGCAAACUGGUGCGACAACAAUGGAAUCACUUAUGCUACUAGCAAACUGACCAAAGGCGGCACUGCUAUUCCUGCCCAUAAACUUGUCCUUUGUGCAAAAUUCCAAACAAUUAAGAACAAUAUCUUAAUGAACAAACAUGUCAACCUCUCAAAUUGGAGCCGUUUUUCAAAUGACAUUGUUAUGGCAGUCGUCGACUUCGCCUACACUGACGAAAUAAUCAUAAAUGUUGAAAAUGUUCUGGGGAUAUAUCUGUUGGCUCACAUUCUUGGCUGCCAAAAGCUGAUUGACUGGUCAACGGAUUUCAUCAAGACAAGGUGGAGGAAACUCCCACCAGUGCCAACGCUCAGGUACGCCACGGGAGCAGCACAUAUACCCGGUGUUGGUGACAUAGUUGUUGGUGGGUAUGCAAGAACAGCACAUGGUGACCGGUGUGUCAACAUUGCGAAAAUCCUUUUGACAACAUCAUCGUCACUAGGGCAUGCAGGCAGUUGGUGUGAAAUCACUCGUAUGCUUCAUUCGAGGGUAUCUCCAUCAGCAGAAUUUUUCAGUGGUAAAGUAUACGUCGCUAGUGGUACGACUUCUGUGGAGAUGGUGCCCUUAUUUCCUGAAGACCUUCUCAGCGGACUUAAGUGA